AUGGCUCCCCAAAUCGCCGUUUCCAGCAUCGCCAUGGCGCUUGCUGGCCAAACGGCCUCCGUUGAUAUUCCUGCUCAUCGCAACCCUGCCAAAGACAGCAGAGGCGCCUUCACUGUCGCAGCUGCUCGCCCCGGCCAGUCUGCCAUGCUUCCGACUCCUCCCAACUCCAUUUCUCCGAAUUUGCCUCCCCACGGCUUCAAGCAUCGCCAUGCUGAAGGCUUUCCUCACUCUCCCCCCCACGCCCCCAUGCACGUCGACUCCGAUAUCGACCUCCAGGACGCCGUCGACCACGCCAAAAGCCAGGACCACCUCCAUGCGACCAACUCGCUCAACCUCGAUAGCGUGGGUGCCAUCACCCCGACCAUGCUAGCCACAUACCACCUGCCUGAUAUCCUGCUGGCCCAUGGACCCCUUGCCAUCCGCCAUGUCAUGGGCUAUCUCACCACCUCCGUUCCGGGGUUUGCAGGUAUCCCUCCCGCCAAAGCGCGUCGCCUCGUCGUGGGAGCGCUAGAAGGCAGAGGCAACGUUAGCGAAGGUGGCGGCGUUGGUGGAGACGUUAUCUUUGAGAAAAUAGGAUGGGGUCGUUGGGAUGCCCGCCGUCGUGGUCAACCUCCUCGAGAUCGCCAGGCCUACCAAUCCACGUCACCGCCGUCCAGCAUCUCAAAUUCCUAUGGGGGAGUGCAAAUCCCCCAGAACUCCCAGUGGAGAAAUGCAAGACCAGUCUACGGUACCAGCAUGGCAGACUCUGCCGUCUUUUCCCACUCGGACCUCGACUACGGCGACAACGAAGCCGAUAAGAUGUCCUUGGACGGCGACUCUCGCGAAUACUGCUCCUCGUCCGACGUGCCUGACGACGCCAUUCCAGACGAAGAAUGGGACGAAGGCGAUGUCACCGACGAAGAGGACUGGGCUGGAAUGGGCGCCGACGCGCUUCGUGCCCGGUCCCUCAACGGCGGAGGAAUUAUAAAUACAAACAAUACUGUACAUACACACGCGCAGCGUCACCCUGGCGGUCCUGCUGCACCCGCCGCUCUGGCCAAGUCUGUGCCAGGCGGUUUCCUCUUUCAACAAUCAGGUUUUGCUCUUCCGGACGGCGUUGGUGGUGAUCAUGAAGAACGCGCUGCAGUUGAAGCGCUAUUACGACUGGGCUCUAUGUGA